AUGUCUGAAGCUGCUAUUGAUGAAUUGACUAAAAGUCCUCUCAAAAGGAAAAACAAUUAUUUAAAAAAUAAAGAAAGAAUAGAAAAAUUAAAAUUAGAAAGAAAUAAAAGAAGGAAAGAAGAGGACAAAAGAAAUGAAAAUGCAAAGGAAAGAGAUGACGAAAUAAAUAAUAAAUUUAAAAAAUAUGGUUUAUGUGUUGGGUAUAUAGGAAGUAGAUAUCAUGGGUGCCAAGGACAAGGAAAAGAAUACAUGACAAUUGAAAAUGAAAUCGAAAGAAUAUUAACAAAAAUAAAUGCAGUGAAAAAAAAUUCAAAGGGUUUUAACUAUUGUCUAUCUAGAUCAGCUCGAACAGAUUUAGGAGUGCAUGCUUUAUACAAUCUUUUUGUUUAUAAUAUUAACAUUGAAAUUUGUGAAAACGAGAAUAACAAUUACAAUAAUAAAUCUGAAAAGGAUUUUACAAAUAGUGAAAUAAACUCACCAAAAUUUAAUGAUGAUAAAAAAGAAAAUUCAGAUACACAAAAUAUGAAUGAAAAUACUAAUUCAGUAAACACUCCUAAUAAAGAUAAAAAAAACGAUAAAUUUGAAGAAAGGAAAAAAAAAGAAAAAAAAUUUAUAAAAUUAUUAAAUUCAAACUUACCAAGUGAUAUAAAAUGUUUUGAUAUUUAUAAAGUUACAAAAAGUUUUGAUGCACGAAAAUUUUGCUCCUUUAGAUUAUAUGAGUAUCUAUUUCCAACAUAUGUUUUGAGCCCUGUAAAAAUUGUUCCAAAAUAUGAAAAACUUUUUCAAGAAUGUAUAAAACACAUUGAUGAGUAUGUUGAAAAUGAUAAGGAAAAAAAAAAAAAAAAAAUCGAAAAGGGAAAAAAAAAUGAAGAAAAGGAAGAAGGCAAAAUUGCCACAAAAAAUUCCAAUGGAAAAACAUGGGAAAUAGAAAAGGAAGACAUAUUUACAAUAAAAGAAGAAAAAACAGAUUUAACAGAUGAUGAAUUAAAUAAUUUAUUUGAAAUUUUUAGUAAUUAUAGAGGAUAUCAUAAUUUUCAUUGUUUUACAAAAAAUAAUAUAGAUACAACAACAUAUAGAUAUAUAAAAUAUUUUGAUAUAAGUACUGUCAAAUUAUAUGAUCAUAAUUUUAUAUCUAUAAGAAUAUUAGGUCAAUCAUUUUUAAUGCAUCAAAUUAGAAAAAUGAUAACUUUAACUGUUGAAACGUUUCGUAAUGCUACUUCAAAAAAUUCUAUUUAUUAUUCUUUAAAUACAAAAAAUUAUAUUCCUAUAUUAUUAUUUCCACCUGAUGGGUUAAUGCUUGUAUGCCCUUACUUUAAUUCAUAUAAUGAAAAAGUUUGUAACCCCCCUGAUACCCCUCAAAUAUGUUUUGAUGAAAAUGAAGAUAUUUUGAAAUUUAAAUCAGAACAAAUAGGAAAAUCUAUCAUAGAAAAAAUAAAGCAAAAUGUGUGGAAAGAUUGGAUGCUUAAGAUUAAUAAAUAUCCUUUUAUUUAUCAUUUUAUGAAAAACAAAAUUGAAGAAAAUAAAAUUUGA